AUGGCCCUUUACCACCGGAAAGUCUCCAAAAAGGGAAAGCAGGCGAACCUCAAGGCUCAGAGGAAGAUGAAGCGCAGCUUGCCUCUCAGCCGCCGCAAGCCAAAGGAUGUGGGUGAAUCAGUUUCCACCCCCCUUUGUCGGUCCCUAAGCAAGUGGUCUAGCACAGCAGAUGAAACCAAGAAGCAGUUGCAUGGGCUUCUUGCAAAGCUGGGUGCAGUGGGUGCCCCUACUAUCUUGUUCCAGCUCAUGACCUUUAUCUUCCUUGGGAUGGGGCCCAUUGAGGAAUCUCUGAAUUGCGUCGAGUACUUUGCUGGUGAACAGGCAGUCACCACAGCCUGGGCAGAGCAUGGAUUCGCAGCGUGCCCCUUUGAGAUUCGUCUCAACCCUUUGGCAGACAUCCUAUCUACCAAAGGGUUUGUUUUGGCGCUCCUGAUGAGCAUCAUGCUAAAGGAUGGUGGCUUCGCUAUGAUCGCAACUGUUUGCAGCACUUGGGUGUUUGUCAACAGAGCUACGUCCCGUCGAAGCAUUUGGUCACCACUUGGUGAUAUCUCGGUCAAGAGUGUUGCCGCUGGAAACGAGAUGGUGAGCCGAAUGGCGCUCAUAUUGUGGGUGCUAGAAGCGAAGAAAAGUUUUUGGCUCUAUGAGCAACCCCAAACCAGCUUGCUCUGGGAGCACCCCCGAAUGCAGAGUUUUUUGAAGUCAAACAUUGUGUACAAAACACAUAUGUGGAUGGGAAGCUAUGGAGGUUUAUCACCGAAGGGGACACACCUUUGGGCUCCAUGCGAGCAGGUCUCUAAAUUUUCAUUACCUUUGCCCCAGAAAGAAUGGGACCACCAACUUGUUGCCAAAAAGGUUUUGCCAGAUGGCAGUGUGCAAGUUACGGGAAAUGGAGCUCUGAAACAGAGCCAAGCCUAUCCAAAACAAUUUGGAAAGGCGACCGUAUGUGUCUGGCUGAACACGCCUUGCAGAACAUUUUCGACUAAUUAUGAAAAGGCCAGCACCAAGAAGAUCCCUAGCUUUUGGAAAGGGAACAUGGACAAGUGGGCAGAUGCCAACUUGUCAGACGUCAUGCAAUUUCUUUCACUUGGUACCCUGAAGUAGGAAAGCUACUGGUGCCAAUACAAUUUGUAACUUAAACUUUGCAAUUAAGAUGCUGACAU